CGACCGUGAGCGGCACUCGCUAGAGGCGGCGGCGGCAGCCCGCCCCUCGCUGCAUGGCAGCCCAGUGAGGGAGGAGCGGGCGAGGGUCUGGCGCUGCCCGGAAGCCGAGGGAGCCAGCGCCGGCGGCAGCAGCGCCCGCCGCCUGCCCGCCGGAAUGCGCCCCGCGCUCCGCUGAGGCGCAGCCCCGCAGCGAUGCUCUCCCCCGAGCGCCACCGCCACCACCGCCACCCGCAGCCACCGCAGCCGCCGCCGUCGCCGCACCACCCGCCGCAGCCCAGCCAUGUCGUGGCCACCAUCGAGAACCUGCCGGCGGAGGGCGGCAGCGGCGGCGGCAGGAGCGGCAUCUCCGCACCCUCCUCCAGCGUGCGCCAGAGGAUCAGGAAAGUGUUGAACAGGGAUCUCUUGCUGUCUGUGGCACUUGGCCAAGUACUCUCCCUCCUUAUCUGUGGCAUUGGUCUCACAAGCAAGUAUUUGUCAGAAGAUUUCCAUGCCAACACACCUGUUUUUCAGAGCUUCCUCAAUUAUAUUCUUCUAUUCUUGGUCUACACAACAACACUAGCUGUCAGACAAGGAGAAGAAAAUUUGCUGGCAAUUUUGAAAAGGAGAUGGUGGAAGUACAUGAUCCUGGGAAUAAUAGAUAUAGAAGCCAAUUACUUGGUAGUCAAAGCUUAUCAAUACACCACUCUUACUAGUGUACAGCUCCUAGACUGUUUUGUCAUCCCAGUGGUGAUACUCCUCUCCUGGUUUUUCUUACUGGUACGAUACAAGGCAGUACAUUUCAUUGGAAUUGUGGUCUGCAUUCUGGGCAUGGGUUGCAUGGCAGGAGCAGAUGUCCUCGUUGGGAGACAGCAAGGAGCAGGUGAAAAUAAACUGAUAGGAGAUCUCUUAGUACUGGGUGGAGCAACACUAUACGGCAUCUCAAACGUUUGCGAAGAGUAUAUCGUCCGAAAUCUGAGUCGAGUGGAAUUCCUGGGCAUGAUCGGACUCUUUGGCUCCUUCUUCAGUGGAAUUCAGCUUGCAAUCAUGGAACACAAAGAGCUGUUGAAAGUUCCCUGGGAUUGGCAAAUAGGCUUGUUGUAUGUUGGCUUCAGUGCCUGUAUGUUUGGCCUCUACAGCUUUAUGCCAGUGGUCAUAAAGAAAACUAGUGCUACUGCCGUCAACCUCUCCCUACUCACAGCUGACCUGUACAGCCUCUUCUGUGGAUUAUUCCUCUUCCACUACAAGUUUUCAGGACUUUACUUGUUAUCAUUCUUCACCAUCCUUGUUGGGCUGGUGCUCUACUCCUCCACAUCCACCUAUGUAGCCCAGGAUCCUCGGGUGUACAAGCAGUUUCGAAACCCUUCAGGACCUGUUGUAGACCUGCCAGCAACCGGCCAGCUGGAGCCUUCGGUAACAUACACCAGCCUGGGGCAGGAGACAGAAGAGGAGCCUCAUGUUAGAGUUGCUUAAGCCCAGGGCCGUUGAUCACCUACUGAUGAUUCAGUGGAGCUUGUAUAUCCACUAUCUCUGUAUUGUACAUAGAGAAAGGUAUUUACCAGGUGCAGUUACACCAGUGAGCUGCAAGGUAGCAAAUAAGGAAAGCUCAUAAAAAUACAAAUUACUUGUUCCAGAGUGUUCAUUGCAAGGAGAUGCCGGUCCCUCAUUUACGAUGUGAGCAGCAUGUUUGCAAUACAAACUGCUGUAUAUGAAUCAGUUAAUGUCAAACUAGCUGUGAAAGAUACUCAAUAUCUAAGAUGAAAUUACAUAAAGAAGUUCACAGAAGGGUGUUUCUGCACCCACUGAGCGAUAUUAUGUCUAAGCCACACCAGCUGUGGAAAAGCCGCCUUUUUACAGCAAAUACACUUGUGCAGUCCACUGUUAAUUUCUCUCUAAGAGCUGUUUGCACAAAGUAGAUGGGUUAGUUAUGGUAGCAACAGCUUGACACACUUUUACUAGCUCCUUGGAUCUGGUGAGGGAAAAACAAUUAAUUCCUCUGUAGUAUCUGUUUAGUUGCCCUUUCUAGGUAAUCUGUUCCAUGAAUCCAGAGAAGGGACAACUUACAAUAUCCGUCUCUAUUCUAGGAAUAGGUAUAAGGUGAGCAUUUUAGCCUUUCUAUAUUUGCAGAAGUGAAGUACUCAAGCAUUGACCUCUCUGUGAUCCAUGGCAGAUUUCCUAGCAGCUGAGGUUCUGCAUGAGGUGAUGGGGAGUUAGUUUCUCUGUAGUCGUGACUUAACACGGAUUUCUUACUUUUUAAACUUUAACCUGUAAAGAGAAAACCACAUUUUCUAGUUUCCUAUGUAUUGUACCUCUCCAUGGUAAGAUGACAAACCAUGUGGAUCAGGGCACUCAUUUUAGAUACUCAGUGCAUCGAGGGUGCCUUCUGCUGUUCCAGUUUGCUGAAUCUCCUGUGGUUCACUAUUCUAACAAUAGCUAUUUAGAAAUGUGUCUGCUUUUUUUAACAAAACCCAUGAAUUGUAAAAAUCCAGAAGAUUAAGCAAGGAAUUCAUGAGCAGAAAGUGUGAACCAUCUGCUGGUGUGGCUGCAGUACCACAGAGGCAGUCAUACCAGCAGGGUGCAGCCAGUUAUUUUUCAAGAACUACAAAACUAGCAGAAGAAUUCAGCAGUUUACUUACAUUCCUGGAGACAUGUGAAAACAGUAAUGGUGUGCUCCACAACUGUACUUCUACCCCAAGAGCCUUAUCAGAAUGGGGGAUAUCAGUCACCACCAGAAAGAAUCCAUCUCUACCUGUAUGUUUGCUCUUAUGAGAGCUCAGUUAAAGGAAAUUAUUAUUUCAAUAUCCAUCAUUUAUUUGCAAUUUAAAAUUAAAGAAGGAAGGAAAGGUGAUCUUAGAUCUAACAGAUAGGAGAGGGAUCCAGGAGAGCUCAGUUUUGUUCACAGAUCUGUCACAUCUCUGCAUGAUCCUUGGGCAUGAUUUACCUUCUGUGUGGCUGUUUCCCAAUCUCUAUAGAUGGAAAUAAUCAUAUUUUUACCUACCUCACAGGGGUGCUAUGGGACCAAGUUAUUUUAACCUGCUUCAGGAUCUUCAGAAGGAAGGAGUUUAAGUACACAAUAGCACUGUAAAAGUGUGUAUACAUUCAUUGUAUUUGAAAAUCGAGUUUAUGACAGGGUUGAUGAAUAUUUAGCCUGUGGGCAUAGAAGAUGAAUUUGAUUUGAAUGCUAUUAUGCUGAAGAAGCCUGUCUCAAGUGAAAAUGUAGGGCUUCAUGUUUGAAAAAUACAACUUACCUAUUUCUGUUUUAAAAAGAAAAUCAAUCUGUACUCUGGAGAUUAGAAAGGCCACACAGUUCAACCAAGCAGGAUGAAUUUCUGCUGAGGUAACAUUCAUCUUUUAUAGUCCUGUUCUGCUUUAAUAUAGAAGGGACUUCCCUGAAGCAGACUAGGAGAAGUAUGUAUGCAUAAUAUACAAGAAGUGGCAAAUGCCAGAAUGCUACUGAACAGCAGAAGUAUGUUGUAUCUUAUUCUCACUGUGGAGGAGGAGAUUUCUGUCCCACUGUGUUUAGGCUGCCUGACACCAUCCUGCUGCAGCUGAGGGAAGGGUCUGCAGUAUUCCCAAAUUGUGCCCAAAACUGACCCAAAAGCUUCAGUUAAGAUGGCUUGGGUUUAAACAAAUACAUGAUUUUUUUCCACCCAACCUUCUGUUUAUUUAAUGUUUUUAGCACUGAUGUUUCCAAGGUUUUUACUCUUAAAUCAUUGAGGUUUCAAAUAAAAGAUUCCUACAGAGAAACAAGAGUCUGUGUUCUGGAGAUGUUAAGGAAAGUCUAAAUCCUACAGGAUUAUAAAAAAACUUAAAAACACACAAGAAACAUUAAGGUCAAUAGGGUGGAAGUCCAGGUAGGAAGUGCAUAGUGAGAUGAAGCCCUGAUGCACAGGGGCCAGCAAGCAUCCUUCAGUCAAUCCCUGGGAGAGAUUUGACUUCAGGUGGGUUUUGUACAUUUCCCAGGAGCAGGCGUUCUGGUUAAAACCACCAUGACUCCCUCAGGUACCCAGAACCAAACUGAUGGGAACCUGUCAUUUCAGUCUUUUUUGCUACCUUUAUACCAAUUAAAUACCUUUCUCUGAAUGUUUGUCCCUGUGUUGGUCUGAGAACCUUGAGGAUUGCGUGCGUGUGUGUUUCAUGUUUACAAUUCCUUCCUUUUGCGUAAUUGUUUUGGUUAAUUCCAUUAUUAGUAUUUAUUUUUAAGCCAAAUGUUUGUGGUCCUUCUGCCUCCCCCUCCUCAUUUUUCUGACACUAACUUGUAGAUGUUUGUUAGAGACUUCUCAGAAACAGCAGGGCAGGAGGCAUCUCCCGACCAGGUCACUGGGCUGGGGGUUUCUGCUUACCAGAGUUUGUGAUCCACGAGUGGCUGAGAGGUGCCAUCUGAAGCUAUUUUUACAGGCUAUUUUCAAAGGCUCUGUUGUACAGAAAGAAGUUACGAAUGAUUCGGUGUGUACUCUGCACCCAGCCAGCAUCCCCUGUGAUACUCACGCAGGAGGAGUCUGAUGUACAAAGUGGGGCUGCUUCACUGUCUGUGUCUCCUGUUGAACAAAGUGGAUACUUGGGUUAGCACCAGUGUGCUUGUGCUGGAUGAACCAUCAGUAGUAGAGCUUUACAAGUGACUGUGUUGACUGAAAAACUGAGGUCUAGUAAAGGAAAACAUUACUUCUACCUGCUUGUUUUCUGCAGUUCAAGACCUCAGUGUACACCAGCAAAGGUUCUGCUAUCUAACCGGCAGCUAUCUAACUCUCUGUGUCACAUAGUACGUCUCUAUCUCUGUAUAGCUCCUUGCCUGAACAAACUGAAACUCUUGUUAUACUGCUGGCCUUGAGCAGCCCUUGGCAAGACUGAUGUAAUUUUCUGCUGCUGGAUGAAAACCUUCACUGGGAGACAGACCUUGUCUUUGUUCCAGCUAUAAAGUUUCGAAACACACAAUGAUAGACCAAGCAAUUGAAGAUUUUGCACCACUGUGUCAUAAGAAGUUUCAAUGUAUAGUGUAGAGAUUGCUAACUUGUGCUAUUAACACUUUGACAAGCGUGUAGUAACGUUUUCUUUCCUUUUUUUUUAAGCCAUUUAGUAUUCCUGAGCUAGCUACAAAUACAAAUUUUACCCCAUGGGUAGGAUUUUAUUGUUAAAUGCCAUAAUAAAGCACACUAAUCUUGACAACGCAGAUGGAAAUAUGAACCAAAACUGAACAAACAGAAUCCCAACCCCAAAUCCUGCAUCAAAAAGCUGAACAAACCUUUCUCCAUUUUGAUAUUUGCAUGCACCUAUAUGGACUGGCUGUGGCAAUGUAAUGCCUGUAUAAUGUUUUCAAAUAAAAAUAAAUAAAUGCUUUAUGAAAGCAGG